AUGGUUGGUUAUAUGCUGUCACGUAGCGACCACAAGCAAAUCCCGUCUCCUCAAUCGCCUUGCAAAUAUGGUGACUUGAAACUUAUUGGGAGAGGAAACUUUGGAGACGUUUAUCGAGCCACUUAUUUGAUUGGCAAAAUGCCCGAGUUUGUUGCGAUUAAAGUGAUCAAUUUGGACGAUUCUGGAGAUGAUAUUAAGCAAACAAUCAAAGAGAUUCAGUUUUUGAACAAGUUGAGACAUCAACAUGUUGUAAAGUACUUUGAAAGCUUUAUACAUGCAACCAAUGUGUUUAUCGUCAUGGAGUAUUGUGGUGGAGGUUCGUGUUCCGACUUGAUCAAGUUUCAGAAGAAGAUCCCCGAGAAUAUUGUGGGGUAUAUUAUCAAGAAGGUGUUGACCGGAUUGGCGUACUUGCAUGCAGAGCACAAGGUUCAUCGUGAUAUCAAGUCUGCCAAUAUCUUGCUUACUGAGGAUGCGCAGGUUAAAAUUGGGGAUUUCGGAGUUAGUACUGAAAUCACGCUCUCAAAGAAGAAGAGAAACACUUUUGUGGGUACACCAUUUUGGAUGGCACCAGAAGUGAUCAUGAGAGGGGGUGGUUCAAGAAGAAACGGAGGAGGAGGGGCAAAUGAUGGUGGAUAUGACUACAAAGCCGAUAUAUGGUCCACGGGUAUUACGGUUAUUGAGCUAGUUACCGGCGCUCCACCGUUGGCAGAUCACGAUCCAAUGAAGGUAUUGUUUGACAUUCCCAAGCAGAAGCCACCACAGUUGAAAGGACACUAUACUACAAACAUUAAAGAAUUUGUUAAACGCUGCGUUACGGCCGAUCCUGAGAAGAGACCAAAUUGUACCCAAUUGUUGCAACACGAGUUCAUUACCCAAUUGCAAGGAAAUGCGAGACAAGAGUUGAUGCGAAUAAUAACCAAGAAAAACUUGCAUGCCAGACAGAAGGCGUAUACCAAUCCAAGACACAAAAUAAAUUGUGAUUUGAUUGAAAACAUUGAUCAUGACGAUGUGACCGAGUUUCAAGCAAAGCCUGGAAUAGAAUGGGAGUUUACUGAUACAUUGCAGAUGCGGAUGAUUAAUCGAACACCCGUUUCAACGAGAGUUGAAGAGACGGAGGGGGACACUGAGGUGGAAGCAGUCGAGGAUGAUGACAGUGUGUACUCAGAAACUGCAACUUUGAAUAAUGGCAGUGCAGAAAUAGUCUCUGAUCAGCAGCCGCGAAAUAAAAAGAAGGUAUUGUUUUGCAGCAUGCAUCAAGUUCUGAAGAGAGGUAAAGAUGAACAGACACGACUUGGCGUUGAACGACUUAUUGAUGUCAUGCAUUCCUACGAGUUGGAGUAUCCUGGAUUGUGUGAUACCUUAGUUGAGGAAAUCGAGCGUGCCAUGAAAAAUAUGAGUGAAUUCAGCUGA